CGCAAUUCAUUCUUCGUUGCACUCUGUACACUAGGCUCAUCCUAUCUUGCUUUUCACUCCGCUCCUCGCUCCACCAGCAACAAUGAAAUCACGACAUACGAGACGGUGACGAACACGCUAAGCAACAAAUACGACAAUACGAAAGCACGAUGGAUGCGGUACACAGUGCCAUUCCUUUAUUCCCUUACUACGAGCUCGGCUGUUAUUUCCUCGUGGCGACUUUGGAACGCACGUUGACUUCGUUGAUGAAACCUGGACGUCCGUUCACCUGCUAUAUCUUCGCAUCGCAUGGAUACCCCACAGUACUUUGCGGCUUGGCAGUAUUUGCAUGGAUUUGCGGGCAAGAGUGCAUGGAAUAUUUGAAGGAGAUUCAUUUCUUGCAUUGCUGGAAAACGACGUUUCCGGAUCAGAUUGUCACAUCGUCUUUUUUCGCAUUCUUUGUCAGUAUUAGCAGAUCCCCGUCCCAGUCGUCUUAUUCGUGGUGGUUUUAGUUAUAGCUUUUUGCACAAGAUUCCCCCAGAUUCCCCAACACCUUGUUUCGUGUUUUGGUUACUGAUUUGCAGUCAUUUGCAUCAUUGGAAGGGACGCAAGUUAUGCUCCCGCAAGCUGGUGCUCUGGGAUAUUGGAGGAACAGGUAGAAAUGCGCUACCAUUACGCUUC